AUGGGGGCAGGAAGAACACUCGAAUCUCAAGGAAAGUGCGACGGUACAUCAUUUUUGCUGGCCAAUUCAUUCCUACUUUCGUACCUACUUACUUCCAGCUUACUGCGUAGGUCUUCCGUCUUCCCGUUGCCCACAGUGUCUGGACAUUCCCGUCCCAGUCCUCCUCUCCUUCACCUUAUUGAUGCUCCUGCCCUCGCCCAACCGAAUCGCUUGACCGAGAAUCCUGUACAGGUUCUGUUGCUCCUUCCCUCCGUCACUCAGAUACCGUUUGGAGUCACCAGCAGAUCCACGUUGAUAUUUCGUAUCUCCUCUUCAUUUCCCACUUCACCAGAUUCCCAUCCUCAUUCCUUCUUCCGUCCCUCGACGUUACCUCUGGCAGACGUAGGCAUAUGUCGCGCUCGUACUCCUUACAACUACCUCCACACCUCGGACAAAGACAAAGAAACCGGGCAGACACCUUCGGCCCGCACGGUUCUUACACACGCAUUUCCAGUUUACGCGCACUUUACACGCACACACGCACAGACAAUAGCACACGCGCAGCCCUUCCACGGUUCUACUCUGUACCCCCAAAGACACGGACGGACAGACUGGCAAGACAAGAGACAGGCGACAGCCCCCGUCGACACGCAAAAGAGAGACACCACAGUCUACCACACGCGCCUCCUGGCAAGCACCAGCCCUCAAACGGUGCCAACGAUCGCCGAAAGUCUACAAGACCCCUGA